ACACCACCAUCAUCCAUUGUAUCACCAUAGCAGCAGAAGUUGGCUUGGGCUGCUACCGACAUGGACAACCAGAACCGAGUUUGUUUUGACUCUGGGGAUUCUGCUCCCCAUAGACAGAGAGGGCUUGUGUCGCCUUCCACUCCCCCACAGAGAGCUCCUAGAGUGAGAGAGGUCCAGGUUACCGGAUUCGCGGAAGAUUCUCGCCAGGCGGACCGUGUGACUCUGAGCAUCCGAGUGAGCAGCAGCAAGGAGUCGGCCAGCGACGCCAGCAGCAGCGUGUCCCGCCGACUUGAAUACAUACAACAAACCCUUAGACAACAUGGUGUCAAAGAAGAAGAGGUGUCUGUGAAGAGGAGUAUCCAUCGGGAGAAUGACGUGUAUCAUAUGCAGGCAGAGGCCGCGGUGGAUUUCUCAGACUUCCACACGAUGGACAGAGUGUGCUGCGUUCUGCUGGAGAAGCUGGAUAAAAGCGUCUCCAUAGGAUCGCCUCGGUUCCACCACAGCAAAGAGUCCCUCAGCAAUCUCAGAUGCAGGGUGUGUCUCGAGGCGGUUGAAAACGCCCAGCGCAAGGCCAGCGACCUGAGCCACCUGCUGGGGCAGACUCUGGGGCCCCCCCUGCUGGUCAGAGAGGAGGAGACACGCGAGUGGAGGAGCCCAGAGGACGGGGAUGAGGAACAGGAGGGGGAGGACGGGGUCAAGAGAGAGGGGGAGGCCACCCGUUCUGUCACCCACGGUCGGACUGUGGCGUGGGCGUCGUCGCGGGUGUCGGUCACCUUCACGUUCCUGGACAAGGCCCGGAAGAAACACUGAACACAUUCAUUCACCAUCGCCAUUUUCUUAUAUAUAUAUAUAUGAAGUCCUGAAGAAGGAUUCUAUUUUUGUAGAAUAAAUUGUAUUUUAUUGCACGGUU